ACACUAAAAUAAACAAACUUCAGUAAAAAUAAAGACUACGUGAAAAUAAACAAACUACAGUAACAUUAAAAUAAACAAACUACAGUAAAAAUAACAACAAUAACAACAACAACACUAAAGAAUAAAGCUACAAUAAAAAAGAAAAGUACACAAAUAUUUAUGUAUUAAAAAACACUUAAGCAGUUUAUAUUUAUUUCAACUAUUUUAAUCAUUGAUAGUGCCUAUCAGUUGUGCCUUAUCUUCACUACGUGCCGUCUUCUUAGAAUUUUUUUUUCCAUCAUUGUUAUUCGUACGUGAAGUUUGAAGUCAUCACGUGUUGGAAUUUUCAAACGUCAAGAAAAGUAAAUGGAGCUCUAACUCCUUCAUGUGAAAGUUGACGGAUUAUACACACAAACUUGUUGGUGAACGCUGUUUUUUUUAAGUGUCUUGUUAAUAUUUUUAUUUUGUGCUAUUAAAGAAUCCUCAUUUGUGGAAACAGUGAUAAAAGUGAAUGUUUCCCGUGUGCAAAUUAGUCUUGAAUGUCAAGCGGGAUUUAUUGACAAUCUUUAAGGAUUAUGUGCAAUCGGAUUAGGAGAAUUGACUGAAAAUGUGUUGCGAUCGGUGAAUCGAGCGAAAUGGCAGCAACAAAAGGAAAUUCAUUCGGCUUUGACAAACGCGAAAAGUCGAAUUUUAAACGAUCUUCUGAGCAACAAAUUUUUAGGUUUCAUUCGACAAAACCAAUGGGUUCUUGGAGGGCAUGAGCGCUCAUCAUGUUCAGCAAUCGACACGGUCUACAAGUGCCGUCGACCAUUUACUUUUUUGGCUUGACGUUCCUUCUGCUAGUGAUUGUCGACAGCCACAAUGUGUCAGCUGACGGAAAUUCCGAAUUCGUCAAAGGCAAAAUUUGCAUUGGAACAAAUGGCCGUCUUUCUGUGACAUCCAACAAGCAGUAUCACUACCGAAAUCUUAGGGACCGGUACACGAACUGUACUUACGUUGAUGGUAAUUUGGAGAUCACUUGGCUUGAAAAUGAAGACUUCGACCUCAGUUUCCUUCAGUACAUUAGGGAAGUCACGGGAUAUGUCUUCAUCAGUCAUGUCAAUGUGCGAAGAAUCGUUUUGCCAAGUCUGCAAAUCAUCCGAGGUAGAAACCUCUUCAAACUCAAUAUCCACGACAGGGAGUUUGCUCUCUUCGUCUCAAUGUGUCAAAUGUACAAUCUCGAAAUGCCGGCUCUUAGAGAUAUUCUCAAUGGCAGCGUUGGAAUGUUUAACAACUACAAUCUUUGUCACAUCAAGACGAUCAAUUGGGACGAAAUAAUUACCGGUACGGGUGGCAAGUAUCACUAUGUGUACAAUUUCACGUCACCCGAAAGAGUUUGUCCCGAAUGUGAUAAAAGCUGUGAACAAGGAUGUUGGGGUGAGGGUCCUGAAAAUUGUCAGAAAUUCUCGAAAAUGAAUUGUUCACCACAAUGCUGGCAGGGAAGAUGCUAUGGACCCAAUCCUAGAGAAUGUUGCCAUUUAUUUUGCGCCGGCGGUUGUACGGGACCGAAACAAAACAACUGUCUAGCUUGUAAAAAUUUCUACGACGACGGCGUUUGUACCCAAGAAUGUCCACCAAUGCAAAAAUACAAUCCUACGACGUACUCUUGGGAAGUGAAUCCUGAUGGAAAGUAUGCGUACGGUGCCACGUGUGUUCAAAAAUGUCCGAAACAUCUUUUGAAAGAUAACGGCGCUUGUGUUCGAUCUUGUCCACCAAAGAAGAAGGCCUUGCAUGGCGAGUGCGUGCCCUGUGAUGGACCAUGUCCAAAGACUUGUAAAGGCGUCGAUAAAGUACAUUCCGGGAACAUUGACAGUUUUAAAGAUUGCACGAUAAUUGAGGGUUCAAUCACAAUUUUGGAUCAAAGUUUCUGGGGCUAUCAGCAUGUAAAUAAUGAUUUCACAUUUGGACAACGAUAUCUGCCCAUGCAUCCCGAUAAAUUGGAAGUGUUUAGUACCUUGAAGGAAAUUACCGGUUUCUUGAAUAUACAAGCAGAUAAUGAAAAUUUCACCUCGUUGUCGUAUUUUCGAAAUUUAGAAGUAAUCGGCGGUCGUACAUUCACGGAAUAUUUUGCCUCACUUUAUAUUGUUAAGACAACAUUGAUGUCACUUGAUCUCAAAUCAUUGAAAAAAGUCUCAUCGGGCGCAAUUGCAAUUGUAGAAAAUAGAAAUUUGUGCUAUGCUAGUAGCAUUAAUUGGACGAAAAUAAAAAAAUCCUCGGAACAUGGAAUUCUUUUGCAAAAUAAUAAAAAUAAAACCGAAUGCAAAAAAGAUGGACAGGUAUGCGAUAGCCAAUGUUCAGAGGAUGGUUGUUGGGGUCCCGGUCCAGAAAUGUGUCUCUCGUGCAAGAAUUACAUGCUCGAGAAUGUUUGUCUAGAAAAUUGCAACAUCAUUCCUGGUAUCUAUCAAACGGAUUCGAAAAUCUGUAAACCAUGCCAUGAGGAGUGUGAGGGCACGUGUAAUGGACCUAACGCUGAACACUGCAAUCAAUGCAAACACGUUCGAGACGGUCCAUUUUGUGUUAAACAAUGUCCACUAUCAAAGUACAAUGAUAAUGGACAAUGUAAACUUUGCCAUGAGAAUUGCGUCGGAGGUUGCACCGGUCCAGAGAAUAAUUUAGGUACAUCUGGAUGUCGUAGUUGUGAGAAGGCCAUGCAUGAGGAACAUAAUAUUCUUGGAGAUUGCUUACAGAAGAAGGAUUCAUGUCCUGAAGGUUACUAUUACGAAUGGGUAAGUCCUCAAGAGCAGGGAUAUUUGAAAAAACUUGCUGGAAAAGCGGUUUGUAAAAAAUGUCAUCCCAGAUGUAAAAAGUGUACAAAUUAUGGAAUUCAUGAACAAGUUUGUCAGGAGUGUACACACUAUAAAAGAGGAGAGCAAUGUGAGGAGGAUUGUCCGAGAAGUGAUUAUUUUAACAAACCGGAUACGCAAUUAUGUCUACCAUGUGAUAGCGAGUGUCGAGAAUGUUAUGGUCCAGGACCUAAUGAAUGCCUGAGAUGUCGUAAUUUCAAAAUCUUUUCGGAGGGUGAUCCUGCAGACAAUACGACGGAUUUCAAUUGCACAGAGUCGUGCCCACCGGAAUAUUUCAAAACUUUUCCAGAAGAACAUUCCCUGGUUGGUGAUCCGUUUUGUUCCCUAACACCUGCGGCUAUUAAGAAAGAAGAGGACUUUAAUAUAUUUAUAGUGUCCGGUUCGGUUGUGACGACAACUUUGAUAUUCUUCUUCGUUGGAUUUACAAUUUAUGUUAAAUGUCGACGAAUGAAGAAUAAGGAGAAUACAGUGAAGAUGACAUUGGCUUUAACGGGUUUGGAUGACAAUGAACCACUGAGGCCAACGGGUUUGAAGCCAAAUCUUGCGAAACUUCGUAUUAUCAAGGAGGAGGAGAUGAGGAAGGGCGGUAUUCUUGGAUAUGGCGCGUUCGGUAAUGUUUAUAAAGGUGUUUGGGUCCCUGAAGGAGAGAAUAUUAAAAUUCCCGUUGCCAUUAAAGUACUUCAUGAGGGCACUAAUGUUAACACAUCGAAAGAGUUUCUUGAUGAGGCUUAUAUUAUGGCCACUGUUGAUCAUCCAAAUCUUCUUCAAUUACUCGCGGUCUGCAUGACAUCGCAGAUGAUGUUGGUUACGCAGCUGAUGCCUCUUGGUUGUCUUCUUGAUUUCGUGCGUAAUAACAAGGAGAGAAUUGGAUCCAAGCCCCUGCUCAAUUGGUGUACUCAGAUAGCCCGCGGUAUGGCAUAUCUUGAGGAACGAAGACUCGUACAUCGUGAUCUCGCGGCGAGAAAUGUUCUUGUGCAAACUAGUACCUGUGUUAAAAUAACGGACUUUGGUCUAGCGAAAUUGUUAGACAUUAAUGAGGAGCAAUAUAAAGCGGCAGGUGGCAAAAUGCCUAUUAAGUGGUUGGCACUCGAGUGCAUACAACACAGGGUAUUUACUCACAAGUCUGAUGUUUGGGCAUUUGGAAUCACCAUUUGGGAGGUUCUCACCUAUGGCGGCAGGCCGUACGAAAAUGUGCCUGCGAGAAAUGUUCCCGAAUUACUCGAGAAGGGCGAAAGACUUCCACAACCUCCGAUCUGUACAAUCGAUGUCUACAUGAUUAUGGUUAAAUGUUGGAUGUUAGACGCGGAAUCAAGGCCUUGCUUCAAAGAGCUGGCUGAAGAAUUUGCGAAGAUGUCCAGGGAUCCCGGACGGUAUCUCGCAAUAAUAGGUGAUAAAUUCAUGAUACUGCCAUCGUUUACCUCACAGGAUGAGAAGGACAUGAUAAGAAAUCUCGCGAGUGGAAUGGACGGACUUGAGUCGCUGAUGGAUACGGACGAGUAUCUGCAACCCAAAUCUAGAGCUCCAUUACCUCCGGGUAUUCUAACGACAAGUACUUCCGGCUCGCCACCAAGUACGCCAAUGAAAACAUGUUGGCCGAAUGGAAUGUCUCUAGCCACUGAUUCUCCUACCCCUCAAAAUCAACAGAAUUGGGAUAGAGAAUUUUUGAGGUACAAUGGCACGCACGGAAACGGAAGUACGUCGCACGAUCAGGGUUCUACAAUUUCUGGACCACAUGGACAUUAUGUCCACGCCAAUGGACAUUGCGGACCAAUGAAUUCCGAUGGCUCCAGCUCCAGAUACUGUUCUGAUCCACUAAAAAUGGUCGGCGUACGAGAUUGUGACGUAACGGACGAUUGUUUUGAUACAGAUGUCAGUUCUGUGCAUCAGCAAGCUCAAGUUGGCAAUCUGAAAUUGGAUCUUCCGGUGGAUGAGGAUGAUUACCUAAUGCCAUCGCCUCAAAUUCCCACCAACACAACGCAAUAUAUGGAUCUCAUCGGGGAUACCAAAUCGACGGAACCCGAACAUAAGAGGAAGAUCAAUGGAUAUAGAAAGUAUCCAGACUUUAUCACGAUUGCUGGCAAAACGUCAUUAGAUAAUCCGGAGUACAUUAUGUCGCAAGACGACGGACCACUUACUCCACAAACUUUAGGCAUUCCAACGCCCGAUCUUGAGAAGGUCCUCGCGAAUGGAGCAUUUGGCUCGCAAACAAGGCAACGAAGCUCCGAGGAAGAAUCGGAUCACGAAUAUUACAACGAUUUCGAUCGAUUGCAACGUGAAUUGCAACCACUGAAGCCACUUCGAAAAAACGAAACGACUGUUUGAUGUAAGAAACUUUCUUUAGAUUAAUUCCGCGAAUUAUUUGAAAAAAUAAGCAUUUCAAUGGUAUGAAUAAAUGAAGAAAAAACGUGUUUUUUUCAUGAAAUAUUGACUGAACGAAGGAGAAAAGCAAAAAAAAAGAAAUAUGCGAUUCGAAACUCGAUAAAUUUUGCUAAUGGUAAAAUAAUCUGUAUAAAAUAAAUAAAAAAUGGUAUUCGUGGUAAGGAUGAAAGUCAGUUAGCAAAGCUAGACGAUUCUCGUCCUUACUGGAAAUACAAUUUUUUUUUAUUUGUUUUAAAGGCAGAAAAGAGUUUUUUUUCAUUCCAAGAUUACUGGAGAAAUAUUAGUACUUACAAGACAUAAUUCACAAUAUAAAAAUCGCGUUAUUUGUGAUAAUGAAAAAAAAGUGCAACUCUUAAUAAGUUGACAAUACGAAACAUGACCGGGAACAAAAGAUAUACUCAAGAAUUCUUGUUCCAUUUUUUCUCCUCUAUUGAUAUAAAACGAUAGUUCAAAUAAAUAUAUAAUGUGCCAUUAUCAACGUGGCUUGUACAUAGGAUUGUAACGAGAUAUUUUGUAACAAUUUUUAGUCAUUAAUAGCAAUUUUAUUUUAUUACCUAAUAUUACGAAUUCGCAUUCUUUUUUUUAACACAGAAAAAAACGAAUAUUAUUAAGAUUUAUAAAUUUUGUAAAAAGUUUCUAACUAACAAUUUUACGAAAAUAACGAAAUUCUAAGUAUAUGAAAAUAAGAAUAAAAAAAAACAUUUUGCGACGGAUGCUUACAAAGUGUAUCGAUACGGAAUGAUGGGAAAUUUUCUUAAAAAUUCGUUUUUCCUGUCUUUUUCGAAGUCAAAAGAGAAAAAAGAAUUUCGAUAUAUUUUCUAAGCCUCCAAGUGUAUAUUGUGCGGAUUACCGCUGACUGUGAUAGAAAAAAAAUAUAUAUAUACUUUCGUCUGCGAACAGACAUGACGAUAAUACAUUGCAUUUUUAUAUAUCUCUUCUCACUCACUGUUUUUGAAAAAAAAAAUUCAGUGAGACUAUUUUUUAAAGAAGAAAAGAAAAUUUUCAUGUAAAUUUUAGUAA